AUGAACAGCAACAAUCGUGUUCAGCUGUUCGAUGCCACCACGAGCAAGUUCCUAGCGUCUGUUGGCACAAGGGGGCAGAUUAGGCCCGGACGGAUGCAGGGUCCCGAGGGUGUAGCGUUUGUGGACGGCCGCCGCGAGAUGAUUGUGGCCGACACAGGGAACAACAGGCUUCAGAUCUUCCACGUCGAGGAGCUGGAGGCUCCCCCCGAUGACCCCGGUAUCCAGCCCGACGUCACCUCCUUCUCCUCCUCUUCAUCUUCCGUGAGUGGCAUCGCAUCGAUGGACACGGUUGACAGCUGGCAAACAACAUCCUCAAGCUCAGAAAUGCCUAGUUCCUGGGAGCGAUCUAAAGCGCCACCGAAGCCCCCCCCGGAACAAGACAAGGAGAACCGGCCCAAUAAGUCGGGACGUGGAGCGGGGGAGCUACAGCGGGAAGCGGCCAACUUCGGACAGGGGCCGGAUGAUGCCGAGGGCGAUGAUGGUGCCUGUUUGCUCGUGUUCGCGGGGGAGGAAGACGCCGGCGGGUUGAGGCAGCGCCGAGUGGCGGGUGAGUCCGAAGACGCCGAGGGGCCUCUAAGCCAACCUUGCGACGUGGCGUACUGGAGGCCACGGCGGACGGCGGCUGGAGAAUUCCCAGAAAAAGGAGCAAGAAAGAAGAAAAAGAAAAGAAAACCGGAAGAGAAAGAAGACGAAGAAGAAGACACCAAUGCUGUCUGGGCGUGGAACCCUGAACCGCCAAGGUGGUUUUGGCCGAACCCUGAGGACGAGGAGAGAGCAAGGAGGGAGCUGUUAUUACCCGCCUCGCCUCCGCGAACCAACCCCGCCCCGACCAGCAAGCCUCCCGCCGGGUUUCCACCCCGAGGGCACACCAAGAAACCGAUCGAUCGUCGCUCGACGUCGAAGGAUGAAGGCAGAACGGUGCAGUCUCGAGUUGGCAGCAUCAAGGGUGGUGGCACCGAGGAGCCCACACUUGGCGCGUUUGUGGUCUGCGCAACAGGAGUUGCCGGCAAGCUCCAGCUGUCGUUUAUCGCCAAGACGAAGGAAGCCGAGGAGGCCGAAGACGCCGCUGCGAAGGGAAGCGAGAUCGCAGAGAGCGAGGACGAGUCUGUCUCUUCCUUCUCGGGACGGCGGUCUACAGAAGGACGAGGAGAAGACGACAGCUCGGAAGGCUUCGACUGGAUGAGGCGCGUGUGCAGGAACGAGAAGUAG